AAAAAUAGUCCAAAUUAGACGUGAGAAUGAGAUGAUUUUGAACAAUUUUCGAUUAUAAAUUGAUUUCAUUGUUAUAAAACACACAAAGAAUCCUAGCUAAAAUGUCUGAAGAAAAUUCACCAGUUAAGCCUUCAAGAUCGCCUAGUGUAAUAGAAACGUUAGAAGAUUACGAGUCUCAGGACACAUUGAUAAAGCACGUUGAUAUAUCAAUAGUGGAGUCAGAGAAGCGUGCUAAUGGAACUUUACACGUGAGGGACCACUACACUGUGUAUCUAAUAGACUUGAAAGUAACAGAUCCAGACUACAAAUUAGUACAAUCAAAAAUCAGUACCAUCUGGAGGAGGUACACGGAGUUUGAACAGAUACAUGACUACCUUCUAGUGACUUAUCCACACUGUGUGGUGCCGCCACUGCCAGAGAAAAGGGUUCUAUACGCUUGGCGGAAAUCUGACACCACAGACCCAGAGUUUGUAGAACGGCGGCGGGCAGGGUUAGAGAACUUCCUCCUCCGCGUGGCCUCACAUCCUCGGCUUAGCUUCGAUGACCAGUUCAUCAGCUUUCUGCAACAGGAGCACUGGCGGGAGACCAUCACUGAUACUGGAUACCUAUUACAAGCAGAGAACAAGCUCAAAUCUCUGUCAGUGUCAAUCAGACUAAAGAAGCCGGAUCCGGAAAUAGAAAGUGUCAAAAACUAUGGAAAGCAGUUGGAAACUAACUUAGGAAAUUUUCUUUAUACUAGGUCUAAAAUAAUUGAGAAGAACUAUGCAGUAUGUAAACUGCACGCGGCCUACGGGAAACUGUUCAGUGAGUGGAGCGUCGUCGAGAAAGACAUGGGCGACGGGCUGCAGAAGGCCGGACACUAUUUCGAUUCAAUAGCAGAAGGCAUCGACGCGGUCGCCGAAGACGAAGAGCAACUCGCAGACCAGCUGAAAGAAUACCUGUUCUACGCGUGCGCUCUCCAGCAACUCGCACACAAUCACGAGGCGCUACAGCGAGCUACCGAGCUCGCACACGACACACUUGCCAACCGGAUAGCUGAGCGCAACCGCGCCGCAGCGGGCAAGUCUGGUCUGAUGUCGCGGCUGUUCGGCGCCACCGACCCCGACAUCGUGCGCGACCACGCCACGCGGGCGCUCGACGCCAAGAUACUGCAGGACAAGGAGAACAUUGAGAAGGCCAAGCGGGACCUGGAAGAGUUUUCGAGGAAGGCAGCGAUAGAAAUAGAACAUUUCCAAAAGCAAAAAGAUAAAGACCUCCACGAGUCUCUGGUCGGCUUCAUAUCAUUGCAAGUUAAAGCCGCGAAAAAGAAUCUUCAAGCGUGGACCCAAAUAAAGGAAUGCCUGCAGAACAUGCCCUGAACGCGGCCCGCCCGCGGGCGACCACCAAAUUGUACAGGUUAUCUAACACUAAGCGUAGAUUCAUUUGAGUUAAGGCGAUGGAGGCGUUACCAAAGAAUCGGAAUGUUUAUAUGGUAAAAUUGGUGUAAAGUCAUAUCUUAAGGUGCUUACCAAAUAUUUGAAGCAGUUUUUUUAGUCAGAUCUGCAACUAAGGGCUCAUUUAGACGGCGCGCGAACUCGCAUGCGAUUUCAGUUACAUUGCGGACUAUCGAGGUUACAAUAAUUCAGCGGACCAAUCAAAUUACGCAAUGUAAUGAAACUCGCACGCGAGUUCUCGCAUCGUCUAAAUGAGCCCUAAAGAUGAUGAAAUGUCGACUAUAUCCUCUAGCCGCUCAUAAAUGAAAAAUUGUCAAGGCAAAUGCAGUCUUGAUUUUUCAAAUUAAGAUUCAAAAUUGAAUGGAACGGAAGACCUUUAUAUAGGUCUCUGGGCAGCUAGAGGAUUUGGUCAUGUCACAUGAUUUGCGAUGUCUCAGGCUGUCAAACACUGUCGGAUUUGGGACCUGAUUUUUUAUCGUUAUAUUACUUAACAAUGAUAUAAUAGAUCACAGACGAUUAAAGGUUAUGCCACGAAGGCGUUUGAUGCUUUUUGAUUUGUGAAUUUAAAAUUAUUGCACAGUCAAGUCAAGAGUAAAAAUACCUAUCAGAAACAAGUACCUAUUCACAACCUUAAUGUUAUGGGAAUAAGGUCCUUUAUCAAAUGAGCCGCAUUUAUAUUUUCACCCACAACUCAUCUAAAACUGUGAAUUUUAAGCGCGGUAAAAUAUACUCGCAUAAUUUUUUUAACUAAAUUUUAAAACUGAAAUAUUAAUAUCAGUGAACAAGUUGAUUUAUUUUAAUUAGCCUGUAAAAUUAAAAAUUGGUCAUUCUCAGUUAUGUUAUGCCUGAAAAAAAUCUCUUGUAAAUAAAUAUAUCUAUAGAUAUACAUUAUAAUGAAUAACCUUUUCCGCGUAGUGGGUGAGUACAUAUCUGCCUUCGCUUCACUGUUUGCCUUGAUGGAUGCAAUAACUAGCCUUGAUAGUAUUAAUGAAUAGAUUAUUGAUUCUUCGCUUCGGACAUCCAUAUUUUAUAUAGGCCCGAUCCACGGUCAAACUCAUUAUGCAAUUUCAAGUGCAAAUAUUUAAAGGUCUGUCCAGGUCUGGCAAAUGCUCAACGAAUGUAUCACUCAAUAUUAUACUAGUAAAUGCAUGUGACCAGUUUGAAAUUGUUUCAUAAAUGGUUGGCGAAUGGUGCAUUGAAUGCAUCCUGACCUACAUCAUAGAUAGACUUCAUUUCUAAAUUUAUUAUUAUCUCUAUUUAGUAUUUAUUUUAAUUAAGGUCUUAACGUAAACAAGCGUCGGGAAAGAUUGGCAACGAAGUAUUACAAUGGGGUUGGCAACUGUCAAAGGUUUGCAUAGAUGGCGCCAUCAUAGCUUGCUCUAAUUUUGUUCUGUAAAAUUUGGCUUAAAGGGCUGGCAUCCAGGGCAAAAGGCAAAUUCCCAAAACAAGAAUUUGACAUAAUUUUAGGGAUUGACAGGGCAAGCUAUGAUGGCGCCACCUGUCCACUAUUUCGACUGGCCAACGCGUGAAUAAAAAAUCACAUGAAAAAAUCAAGUGAAUAAAAAAUGCAGUUUUCAGUGAAAUUAAUAUUUUGUGUUCAAGUAAGUAUAAGAUGUUUUUCUUUUUUGGGUUCCGUACCCAAAGGGUAAAAACGGGACCCUAUUACUAAGACUCCGCUGUCCGUUUGUCUUGCCGCUAUAACAACUAACGGCCCUAUUCUAACUUUAACACUAGAGAUCAUCUAGAGAUGAAUAAGAUACGAUAUCGAGAAGAUAUAGUCAUUUGUAAGUUAGAUAUGUCAUAUUUGACGUUUCCGCGAUUCUGGAGGUCCUCUUGAACGAUUUCGACAAGUUAUGACUUAGAUAUCCAAGUCACAUCUAGUCGAUAUCUAUUGUAAAUCUAGUUGAUCUCUAUAUCGUCUCUAGAUCUUGUGAUUAUCUCGUUUCCCGAAUACGCAUGAAAUACUAAAAACAGAAUAAAAUAAACAUUUAAGCAGUUUUUCUUGCAGUUUUUUGCGUAAUGGCACGGAACCCUUCGUGCGCGAGUCCGACUCGCACUUGGCCGAUUUUUUUUUUCGGUUCCGGAGACUGUUUUUAAUUUACUAAAAAACGUCUCUACUGCUACCGAAAAUAAAAAAAAACCUUAUAGAGCUUUUGUAUAUGGUGAUAAGCGCUAAUAGAUGAGGCCUGAAUAGGACAUGGACAUGGAUAUUUGAUGUUCCUUUCAGGAACUAGAAAGACGAGUUAGGGCUCAUAUAGACGAUGCGAGAACUCGCAUGCGAGUUUCAUUACAUUGCGGGUUUUUAUUGGUAUGUAGGUAACUAAAAUCGCAUGCGAGUUCGCGCGCCGUCUAAAUCAGCCCUUAGUAUAAGUUUUUCUAUUAGGUAUUGCGAGAAAUUACAGAAUUGAUGUAAAAAGUGAACGCGAAGUUUAGUGAAAAUACUAUGAUAUUAAGUGCCGUUCUCUUAACUCGAAUGAAAUUUGGUAGUUUUUAUAUUUCACUUUGUAAGAGAAAUUUAGAUCCAAUGCUAGUUUUAUUGUAAAUUAUGUCACAUUUAGAUUUAGUUGUAUUUUGUUGUAAAGAAAUUGUUGUAUAAUGUUCAAAUGAUAUUAAGUAAACGUGACGGAUCUGUCAAUUUCGAUUCCAUUUUCUAUUGAGUAUACAAUUUGAUCCGUAACGCAUUGAUAUUCCUUAAAAUCAUUCGAAUAUUACCAUAAUCAUUUACAAUUGGUAUAAAAAUAUAAAGUAUUUUUUGGUUGCGAUUUGCGUAAUUAAAGAAGCUCAUUAUUAUAUUCCAGUAUAGUACCCCUUUAAAACGUGCUCAUCGUCAUCUGUUUUUUUUAAAGACUGGAUAUUUUGGUGAUUAUUUUUUAAUUAAGUAUAGAAACUUCAAAUAUAGUGCUAUAAUACCACUGGGCAGUGAUAUUCAAUUUUACUGUCCUUAGAUUACCUACAUAGGUAUCUGUUUAUAUACUCUGUCAAGCCAUUUUCGUCAGUAGAAAAGUGCGGCAAAUUAAAAAAAUGUUAGCGCGUAGGGAUAUCGCCUCCUUGAAAAUUUGAAUUUCGCGCCUUUUUCUACUGUCAAACUUGUUUGGCUGGCUUUAAAUCAUAGACCUAGUAUUACAUAGAUGAGCUAUACGCGUGCCUCCGUAAGGGACAUAACAUACGCAAAGCGACAUUAUUAAAAACACGUUUUAACAUUCCUGACAACAUACCAAAAUAAAUCUACGUAAUUCGGUCGGGUUAUUUGUUGCCCACCACAUACCAUACAAAAUUUUUGGUGGGGAACAAACAAAAAGUGAGACUGUGACAAGGACAAGUAAUAAUACCGCUUUUUCUGCUACUCCUACUGAAAUAUGCAUAAGUGCAUCUCGUUUGGUCGUUUGGCCCCUCCCCCGUGUCAUCUCUAUAUUAUUGUACCUCUAUGCUUUAAAUAUUUAAUUUAAAAUUGUAUCUUUAGAUUCCCGUGUUUGGUUUAAAAUAGACAACUCUUUUUAAGAGUUACGUUCGAAUGAAAAACGAUCAUUUUAUUUAGUAUAUAAGUAAUGGUUAUUUAAAACGAAAUUACAUUUACUAUAGAAUAUCGUUGGAAAUUGGUUAAAUACUCAACUAACUGUGGUUUAUUGACCAACUCAAAUGCAGCACGUUUUUUCAUUAUUCUAAAUUACAAAACAAAUGAAUUCCUAUGUAUUGUAUUCACAAUAUUUUUGGGUAGCUAUUUUUUUUAGAAUGUCCAGGCUUGUCGUAAAAGAUGAAAGAAUUGAGAAAAAUAAGUAUGUACCUAGUACCUAGCCAGAACAAAAAUAUAGAAACACGACUUUUAACCUUAGAACAUUACAUUACAUCUCAUAUCUAAUGGCUCCUCUACA